AUGCAAUCAGAAAACCCCGUAGUCCGCCCGUCCCGCGCAGAGCUUCCCCGGGGCGUGCGAACCGGCCGCCAAGGGAAAGAGGGAAAUGAGGUGGGGGGAUGUUAUGGGAGCCCCGAAAAAACCACCUUCUCCGCCAAGCCCAUCGCUGCAGGACCCCGGGCAGCCGCCGGAGAGGCCAAGCCGUCGUUAGGUACACAGGCUUGGGGGGACUCCUACUCCACCCCCUCAAGCCCCGAGGGUCCCAUUCCUUCCUCCCCCGCCCAGCCCGGGUUAUGCAACACUCACCCCGCCCCGCCCCCCCGCUGGCGCCUGCCGCAUCGCCCCCCCACGCCACGGGCCCUGCCACCUCGCGCCCCCCGCCCGCGUGAGCUCCGAGGCCUCUGGAACAAAGCGCGCGGGGCCGAUCGGCCGGGCCGGGGGCGGCGGCCAUGUUGGCGGGGGCGGCGAACAAAGGCGCGCGGCCCGAGCCUGAGGCCCCCGCCCGCGGCCCGGCCGGCAGGGGGCGCUGUGCAGGCGCCGCCCGCCGCCCGGACAAUGCGCCGGGGCCCGCUGCUCCCCGGGCGCCACCGCCCCUCGGCGGGCCCCGCCCGCGGCCCCCUUGCGGCGUCCGCUCCCCAGCGGCGCACGGGCCUCACCUGCCGGCCACCUAGGCCGCCGUCCGCAGCCCGCGGGCCCCACUGUCCCGAGCCGCGCUCCCGCCCCGGCCCGACCGAGCCAGACGGCGCCGCCCCGCCCCCGCUCCGCUCCGCGGCCGCCGCCGCCCGCCCCCGGCCGCAAGGCGCACGCGCACUGCGCCCGCCGACUGCACCGGCCGCGCCGCCCGGCCCUGGCCCGACGGGCCACAGCGCGCAGGCGCUGCAGUCAGUGGGCGGGGCCUUGAGGUGGUGGGCGGGGCAUGACGGCGGGAUAGGGCGGGGCCUGGCGAUGAGACAAGACUUGACGCGGCUCACCUGGCUGCGAGAAGGGACCGAAUGGGGCAGGGCCUGA